AUGCGGUACUAUCACAGCGUCUGCAGUUGCAAGCACGCAGGUGCUUGGUCACCCCUUCUUUCUCUAGCUGUGUGCAGUGUCAACCUGGAAGCCAACAGGUCUUUCCUGACGUCCUUGCAUAUUUCGACGCAGAAAUUUGCGGUCAGCACAGUGCCCACACAGCCGAUUGAAGGCCAGAAGACAGGGACAAGCGGUUUGCGGAAGAAGACCAAGGUCUUCAUGGGCGAGAACUACCUAGCCAACUGGAUCCAGGCAUUGUUCAACUCCCUGGGGGAGGAGGUGAAGGGCAAGACGAUUGGCCUCGGAGGGGACGGCCGCUAUUUCAACAAGGAAGCGGUUCAGACCAUCCUCAAAAUAGCUGCUGCAGCUGGAGUCAAAAAGGUCUUUGUUGGGCGGGACGCCAUAUUUGCCACCCCAGCCAUGUCGGCUCUGAUUCGGCGCCGGAGCCUCUAUGGGGCCCUCAUUAUGAGCGCCAGUCACAACCCAGGAGGCCCAGAGGAGGACUGGGGCAUCAAAUUCAAUUACAGCAGCGGAGAACCUGCUCCCGAGCGCAUCACAGAUGCAAUCUACGGCUUCACCAAGAACAUCUCCGAGCUCAAAUUUGCUGACAUUCCUGAGACGGACCUCUCGCAACUGGGCUCGCACACCUACGGAGACUUUGAGGUGGAGGUCAUCGACCCUGUGGAGGACUACUUGGCCUUGCUCAAGGAAGUCUUUGACUUUGACUUGCUGCGGGAGUUCAUCAAGAGGCCAGACUUCUCUGUCGAAUUCGAUGCCAUGCACGCUGUCACUGGGGCAUACGCUGGACCCAUCCUUGUCGAUGCAUUGGGAGCACCAGGAUCCUCAAUCAGGAAUGGCACGCCAUUGGAGGACUUUGGGGGCGGCCACCCGGACCCCAACCUCACAUAUGCACAUGACCUAGUGGACUUGCAGUGGAGCGAGAAUGCAGCUGACCUGGGAGCAGCCAGCGAUGGUGACGGAGACAGAAACAUGAUCCUUGGAAACAAGUUCUUCAUUACUCCAUCGGAUUCUGUGGCAAUGAUUGCUGCGAACGCACAGGAGUGCAUCCCUUACUUCAAGUCUGGUCUCAAGGGCGUUGCAAGGAGCAUGCCCACCAGUGGAGCCACUGAUCGCGUUGCUGAGCAGCUGGGGCUGAAGUGCUUUGAAGUUCCGACCGGCUGGAAAUUCUUCGGCAACCUCAUGGAUGCAGGGCUGUGCUCCAUCUGUGGAGAGGAGAGCUUUGGCACAGGCGCAGACCACAUCCGUGAGAAGGAUGGGUUGUGGGCAGUCCUUGCGUGGUUGUCCAUCCUGGCCUACAGAAAUAGAGAUGUGCCGGUCGGAGGGAAGAAGGUGACAGUGGAAGACAUUGCAAUGGAGCACUGGGCGAAGUUUGGGCGCAACUUCUUCAGCCGGUACGACUACGAGGGAGUGGAAUCGGAGGCCGCCAACAAGAUGGUGGAGCAUCUGCGCGAAGUGAUGGCAAAGAGCUCGCCAGGGACAAAGCUUGGGGACUAUGAGGUGCAGACGGCUGACGAGUUCAGCUACACAGAUCCCGUCGAUGGUAGCGUGGCGUCCAAGCAGGGCUUGAGAUUUGUCUUCAACGAUGGAUCCAGGAUUAUCUUCCGCCUGUCCGGCACAGGGUCAUCAGGAGCCACCGUCAGGCUAUACAUUGAGCAGUACAGCAGCGACCCGUCGACCCACAAGAUGGAUGCACAGGAAGCUCUUGCGCCCAUCAUCAAGCUUGCUCUUGAAGUCUCCCAGCUCACCAACUUCACUGGCCGGGAGAAGCCUACUGUAAUCACCUAGGCCCCAGCGGCAUGGUCAGUGGGGUCUCUUUUCCAGGCGUACUGCUCCAUGGGAUCCAUGGGAUGCCUGAGGCACAGGACAAGGCUGAGGGCUCCCUGACGGCACGUAGAGCAGCAUGCCCCUGGGCGGUUGAGAACAGUGUCGCUUUGAGCGGUUUGGUCUCGUUUUGUUGUUAAUAACAGGCUGAUGAUUCUGAUUGUUUUCGGCACAUUGUCGGUCUAUGAGUGCUAAAAUAGUGCUGCGUAGUGAUUCAAUCAAUCAGUUUAUGUUGCCAGUACAGUUGGUGCCCUGCAGUGAUGUUGAGGCAUUAUUUGGCAGCUGCUCCAUCAUGAAGGCUGCUAGACCACACACCUUCAUUAUAUAGCGCAUAGCAAGAUCAGAAUAACAUAGUAGGAUCCAUGGCCAUUGCUUCUGUGUUAUGGAUCAUCAAUUUU